AUGUUGAGAACAGCCAGCAGCAGCUCGCGCUUAGCCACUUGUACCCAAUUGAGGGCUUUUACUUCUAGUUGUGUCGCUUUCAAAGACACCAGAGUUGAAACGGAUGCGUUUGGUCCCAUUGAUGUUCCCAACGACAAGUACUAUGGAGCUCAAACCGCGAGAUCAAAGAUGAACUUCAAGAUUGGUGGGGCAGCCGCUAGAAUGCCCUCGCCGGUUGUCAGAGCUUUUGGUAUCUUGAAGAAAUCCGCGGCCAAGGUCAACGAGGAGUUGGGUCAGUUGGAUCCAAAAUUGUCACAGGCCAUUCAGCAAGCAGCCACUGAAGUUUCCGAGGGCAAGUUGGACGAGCAUUUCCCCUUGGUUGUCUUCCAAACGGGAUCUGGUACUCAGUCCAACAUGAAUGCCAACGAGGUGAUUUCCAACAGGGCAAUUGAAAUCUUGGGAGGAGAAUUGGGAUCCAAGAAACCGGUUCACCCCAACGACCACUGUAACAUGUCUCAAUCGUCCAACGACACUUUCCCCACCGUGAUGCACAUUGCCGCCGUGUCCGAAAUCAAGCAAUCGUUGAUUCCGCAAUUGACCAAAUUGCGCGACUCCUUACAAGCCAAGGCCGACGAGUUCCUGGACAUUAUUAAGAUUGGUAGAACCCAUUUGCAAGAUGCCACGCCCUUGACUUUGGGACAAGAGUUUUCUGGUUACGCUCAACAGUUGACCAACGGUAUCGAAAGAGUCGAAAAGACCUUGCCCAACUUGUUGUACUUGGCCCAGGGAGGUACUGCCGUGGGAACUGGACUCAACACUAGAAAAGGCUGGGACGUGAAAAUCGCUGACGAAGUGUCCAAAAUUACCGGUUUCCCCUUCAAGACUGCUCCCAACAAGUUUGAAGCUUUGGCAGCCCACGAUGCUAUCGUCGAGGCCUCUGGUGCCCUCAACACCGUUGCUGCUUCUUUGUUCAAGAUUGCCAACGACAUUAGAUACUUGGGAUCCGGUCCAAGAUGCGGCUACGGAGAAUUGUCCUUGCCGGAAAAUGAACCGGGCUCUUCCAUUAUGCCCGGUAAAGUCAACCCUACUCAAAACGAAGCCUUGACCAUGGUUGCCUGCCAAGUUUUCGGUAACAAUGCUGCAAUCACAUUUGCCGGCGCCUCGGGCCAAUUUGAGUUGAACGUGUUUAAGCCCGUGAUGAUUGCCAACUUGUUGUCCUCGAUCAGGUUGAUUGCCGACGGUGCCGCAUCAUUCAGAGAGCACUGUGUUGACGGAAUCGUGGCCAACAAGGACAAGAUUGAGAAAACCUUGCACGAGUCCUUGAUGUUGGUGACGGCAUUGAACCCCAAGAUUGGCUACGAUGCUGCUUCCAAGACCGCAAAGAAUGCCCACAAGAAAGGCUUGACCUUGAAAGAGUCCGCCUUGGAGUUGGGCGUCUUGACCGAAGAAGAGUUUGACGAAUGGGUCAGACCCGAGAAGAUGAUUGGUCCAAAGGACUAA